CUGCUCUGGGGGUGGGGUACACUGGGCCCGCAGGUCGGGCAUUGAUUGGCCCUGCCUGGCGCAGCCCGAGCCCCUGCGGCAGACUGCGGUCCUCAUCAGACCUGAGCAGUUGCUCGGGCUGCGCUCUGAGAGGGAGCCAGCCUGGGGCCCAGGCCGGGGCCAUCAUGGCACUGCCUCUAGGCUCAGCUACCCUCCCGCACACUCUGCUGCUCCUGCCCGCCCUUCUGAGCUCAGGUUGGGGGGAGUUGGCACCGCAGAUUGAUGGUCAGACCUGGGCUGAACGGGUACUUCGGGAAAAUGAGCGCCAUGCCUUCACCUGCCAGGUGACUGGAGGGCCUGGUGCCCCCCACCUAGCCUGGUACCUGGAUGGACAACUGCAGGAGGCCAGCACUUCAAGAUUGCUGAGCGUAGGUGGGGAAGCCUUCUCUGGAGGCACCAGCACCUUCACUGUCACUGCCCAGCGGACCCAACAUGAGCUCAACUGCUCCUUGCAAGACGUGGGCAGUGGCAGGUCAGCCAAUGCCUCGGUCAUCCUCAAUGUGCAAUUUAAGCCUGAGAUUGCCCAGGUCGGGGCCAAGUACCAGGAUGCUCAGGACUCGGGCCUCCUGGUUGUCCUUUUUGCCCUGGUGCGUGCCAACCCUCCUGCCAAUGUUACCUGGAUCGACCAGGAUGGGCCGGUGACUGUCAACACCUCUGAAUUCCUGGUGCUGGAUGCCCAGAACUACCCCUGGCUCACCAAACACACCGUGCAGUUGCAGCUCCGCAGCCUGGCACACAACCUCUCAGUGGUGGCCACCAAUGAUGUGGGUGUUGCCAGUGCCUCUCUUCCAGCCCCAGGCCCCUCCCGGCGCCCAUCUCUGAUCUCUAGUGACUCCAACAACUUGAAACUCAACAAUGUGCGCCUGCCACGGGAGAACAUGUCCCUUCCGUCCAACUUGCAGCUCAAUGACCUUACCCCAGAUUCCAGAGCAGGGAAACAAGCAGACCGACAGAUGGCUCAGAACAACAGCCGGCCAGAGCUGCUGGACCCUGAGCCUGGUGGCCUCCUCACUAGCCGAGGCUUCAUCCGUCUCCCAAUGCUGGGCUAUAUCUACCGAGUGUCCAGUGUGAGCAGUGAUGAGAUCUGGCUGUGAACAGAGGGCCAGA